GUUAACUGGUCUGGCUGGCUAUUGUUUAGUUUUAUCCAUUAUUUCAACUAUUAUUCAUAAAUAUGACAUUUAAAACAAUUGUUUUUGUAUUAAUUUUAAAUAAUUUUUCCAUUAUCCAAACAUUUCAUGGCGAAACAAAUGAUAUUGUAUAUCCAGAAGAUUCUGGAUUUUUUCCACAUGAUUUCGUUCGACGAACUUACGAACAUGGAAAAGCCGUUUUAAAGCAUGCGCUUUUAUUGGAUUUGGAUUAUACGGAUACGGAUGAAGUCAAAUUUUAUUUACUUACUAGGUUAAAUGAGAAAAAAACACAAAGAUUAAUUGCUAACAAUCUCACUUCAAUCGACCAAUCAAAUUUUAUGAAAAAUGGAUCGACAGUAUUUAUAAUUCAUGGCUGGAACGAUAAUACGGAACACGAUAUAUUCACGUACAUGAGUAAUGAAUUAUUGCAAGCAGAAAAUCUAAAUAUUAUACUAGUCGAUUGGAGACAUCAAUCCGCACAAUUAUAUCCAGUAGCGGCUCAAAGUGUUCAGCAAAUGUCGGCAUUAGUUAAACGUUUCAUCGAUUUUUUGCUACGCGAGAAUUACUUGCAAUACAAGGAUAUUCAUUUAAUUGGCCAUAGUUUAGGAGCUCAAAUUUCUGGUAUAGUUGGUCAUCGAUUUAAAGGUCAAAUAUUUAGAAUUACAGGUUUAGAUCCAGCAGGACCAUUGUUUGAAUUUUGGGAUCCCAAUCCCGAUGUACACAAUUUAGACCAAGGAGAUGCCCGUUUUGUGGAUAUUAUUCAUACAUCAUGUGAUGACUUUGGUAUUACGAAUCCAAUGGGUCAUGUGGAUUUUUAUCCAAAUGAAGGUACAACUCCACAGGCAGGAUGUGAUUCCCUUAUAGCAAUGGUUUCAUGCAGCCAUGUAAGGGCAGUACAAUAUUAUACGGAAUCAGUAAAUACCAAAGUAGGAUUUUGGUCAACCCCAUGCAGUGGAUGGAUGCCGUUUGUAAUGGACGAGUGCAAAAAUAAGACACGAGUUUUAAUGGGACAUUGGACACCAAUCACCACACGUGGCAGUUACUAUUUAAAAACAAAAUCAAAAGCCCCAUAUGCUCUUGGAUAACAUAAACAUUGAUCAAACUUUAAAACUUGAAGAAGGGAAG